UUUUUUGUGAGGUUAUGUGAAAGUUUGACGCAUGUUUUGCUCCUGAAAUCACAACAAACCCCGGAAUCGUGCUAAAUCCUGAUAAAAUGUCCUUUUUCAUCCGCGGAAAGGCAGGUGGGAAGCCUGGAGGGAAGCCAAAAGACAAGGUCAAGAAGAACUUCCCUCCAGCUGAGCAGAAAUUCCUUGGGAAACGGAAAAAGUUUGAGGAUGAGGAAGUGGAGAGUGAUGAGGAGAUUCUCAGCAAUGACGAGGAUUUGCCAGCUGCUGAAUCAUCGGAAGACGAAGUGGAGACGCCACAGGAGAAGAGACUCCGUCUGGCCAAGAAGUACUUGGAGGAGAUUGAGAAGGAAGAGCAGAAACGUGCUGAAGAGGGCAAUUCUGCUGCCAAUGUGGACAAGAGACUGACCAAUGAGUAUCUGGACAGUGUGGGUAAGCUGAGGAGGUUCGUGGCGGGGAGUUAUCUUGGGGUGGAGGAGGAUAGGAUACAGAUGCUGAAGCACAAAUCCCAGAAAGCUCCAGUCACGUGCCUGUGUUUGUCCAGGGAUGGAAAGUGGUUGUUUUCGGGCAGUAAAUCCCCGGUGAUUGUCAAGUGGAGUGUUGAGGACUGGCGUCCGGUCGGGGUGAUCAAUCUCCUGGACAGGGGUCAGGAGAAUGGGAAGAAAGUUAAGGUUCAGGGAGUUUGUUUGACAAUCACGAGUGAUGGGAAGUUUCUGGCUGUUGGGGAUGGAAGUGCGGGGAUUAGGGUGUACUGUCCGGAAAGUUUGAGGUCUCUGGGAGUCCUCAGGGCACAUAGGAAACCCGUGACGGCUUUAGUUGCCCGGAAAGAUACCCAUGAGAUCUAUUCCGGAAGCUCAGAUAAAACGGUUAUCGUAUGGUCCUUGGACGAAAUGGCCAAGAUUGAGGUGAUGUUCGGCCAUCAGGCGACUGUAACUGACCUAGAUGCCUUGACAAGGGACAGAGCAAUAUCUUCCGGGGGCAAUGACUGUAGCAUCCGGAUCUGGAAGGUGUCAGAGGAGUCUCAACUUGUCUACAAUGGACACAGUGGGAAUAUCGACAGCGUCCGGCUGAUAAAUGAGGAGAAUUUUCUCUCCUGUGGAGACGAUGGGUCACUCUGCGUAUGGAGCACCAUGAAAAAGAAGCCCCUUUGCGUCCAAGCCCUCGCUCAUGGAAAGUCUCCGGAAAACAACGAAGCCAAUUGGAUUUCCGCAAUAGCUACCUACACUAACACCGAUCUAGUGGCUUCGGGAUCUUGUGAUGGAUUCAUAAGGGUGUGGAAGCUAGAGUCACACUUCCGGAAGUGCGUGAAAAUCAUGGAAAUUCCCGUUCCGGGAUUUGUAAAUGCUUUGGCUUUCACGCCUGACGGAAAUCACUUGAUAGCGGCUCUUGGGCAGGAGCAUAGAUUAGGGAGAUGGUGGAGAAUUGCCCAGGCAAAGAAUUGUAUAGCUGUAAUCCCUUUCCGGAGGAAAACUUGAGGAAAAUUUCCCCAAAGACGCCAAUAAAAUGAGGUUAUGUACUCA